GGCAAUUCUUCUGCUCUGCUCUGCAGAUUUCUGGCUCGUAUUUUUGCGCAGUUCACUGAGAUUCUCUCUGAGCUGCAUCUUCUUCCUCCUCCUCCUUCGCUUUCAUUCCCUGCGGAAAGCUCCCCCGAAAACGUCGGGCGUCGCAGUAGGCCGGGCGUCGCGCGAGUUUGACGGAGCGACGGGUUCGUGCUCAGCUUCUGACCGGCUUCUUCGACGAGUUCAGCGGCUGCCGACAUUUUGACUGUUGAGGAAGCGUGAGUUGCUGGAGCCGAUGAUUCCGCGGAGUGCUCGCUUUUUGCCUGAUCUUGGUAGUUGAAUAUGGAGGUCACGUUUGCGCUCCGUGAGCUGGAAAGACGGGCUUAAGAAAUGUGCUAGAGCUUGAACUGCGGAAAUAAGAGACGGUUAUUUGGUCGAUCGUUCGUGACAGGACUCUGGUUUUUCUUGCUUUGUGGCAGUGAAAUUUGAGCAGAGACCCUUUGCGGUGAAUGCAUAGAUUUUUCCGGGUCGUGGGAAAGGUGGAGUUUUGGCAACGAUGGUUCUUGGUCUGAGGGCAAAGGCCAGGAGAAGCGCCUCCGUUAAGCGCCAUUAUCUGAUCCACAUUCAGGAGAUCAGGCCCUGGCCUCCGUCGCAGUCCCUCAAGUCGGUCCGCUCUGUCCUGAUCCAGUGGGAGAAUGGAGAAAAGCAUAGCGGGUCGACGAGUUCCGUCGUUCCAUACCUGGGCUCUGGCGCCAAUGAUGGCAAGAUUGAGUUCAGCGAGUCCUUCAGGCUGCCGGUGACUCUACUGAGGGAUGCCGCUGUCAAAUCGGGAGACGGCGAUGCGUUCCAGAAGAAUUGCUUAGAGUUUCACUUGUACGAACCUCGUAGAGAUAGGAGUUUGAAAGGCCAGCUGCUCGGUACUGCCUCAGUCGAUUUGGCAGACUAUGGUGUCAUCAAGGAUGCCAUAAGCAUUACUGCUCAAAUGAAUUGCCAGAGGAACUUUAGGAAUACUGCUCAACCUGUUCUGUACGUUAAGAUUCAGCCUCUUGAUAAAAGUUCCUCGCAAUCAUCAAUGGACAAGAAUGGCAGCGAGUCUGUUGCCGCCUUGAUGAGAGAAGAAUAUGCAGCGGAAGCGGAAAUGGCAUCUUCCACUGAUGAUGAUGUUUCAUCCCACGCAUCAGUGACGGUUCCGUCUUCUCCAUUAAGAAGUAAUGGCGUUCUACCUCCUCAAAAUGAACAGAAUGGAUCUGUUGCCAUUGACAAGACCGCCAUAAGGAUUGAGGAGAAGCACCUUUUAGCUUCAGAUCCAGUGUUGGAGCUCAGAAGAUCUGAUGUUACAUCAGAGAUUGCGCUCGCAGAGAACUCGCAGCCAGCAGAGAACUUGCUUCCAACUUCUUCCCGCUCAUCAUCAGUUGACCUUUCUUCCGAUCCAGGGAGUUUGGACAAUGGCAAUGCAUCUUCUACUAGCUUGGGAAGAUCUAGUUCAAUGGCCUUCUCAAAAGCAGGUGGUCAUAGUGCUCAUUCUUCGAUCUCAUCCUUUGCCAUUGACCAAGCAGAGGAAGAGUCCAUUAUCGCUCUAACUUACGGCAGCGAAAAUUUGACCCAUGAUGCUCAUGGAGAAUCUGAAUCAGGUGUUGAAACUCUUCUAAAUGCUAAUGACAUUCUAAUUACUUCUGCUAAAUUAACUCCUCCUGGUGAAAAUCUGGACAUCGUGGAUGAUACUGAUGCUCAGGUCAUUGACAAUGAUGAUGAGAAAUGUUCAAAAGUGGGUCAAGGUGAUGUUUGUAAAUAUUCAGCAACAGAUGGAAUUGGGGCAAAUGGGCACUCGGAAUGUUACUUAGAAGAAGAAAAAGGUACUGUUGGACAUGAUUCAGUCGAUGCUGCUAGUGAGCAGAGCUUUCUCACAAAUGAUGAAUUUUCUUCUGGGGGAGAAAGCCAUGGAAUGAAAGGACAUGUAAUUGACAGAUUAAGAUGUGCAAAAUCUGUCCGUUCACCUCCAGAUAUUGCCAAGAGCAUCGGAACAGCAAGUGCUAACCUGUUAGCCAGUCAUAAUAAGGAAGGUGCUGUUACACCGAUUGGAAUAAGAAGCUUCAGAAGUAUUGAAAGAAGGGAUGCUAAGGUUUAUACUACGGACACGAGAAGUGCACUUUUGGAAGCUAAAGUUCAGCAAUUGGAGAAUCGAAUCAAAAUGCUAGAGGGAGAGUUAAUUGAAGCGGCUGCAGUUGAGGUUGCUCUGUUUUCAGUAGUUGCAGAGCAUGGUUCUUCUAUGGCUAAAGUCCAUGCUCCGGCUCGGCGACUUUCUCGAUUAUAUAUUCAUGCUUGUAGAGAGCUUUCACAUUCAAGAAGAGCUAGUGCAGCUAGAAGUGCUGUCUCAGGUUUAGUGUUGGUUGCAAAAGCUUGUGGCAAUGAUGUUCCAAGGUUAAUGUACUGGUUGUCCAAUUCUGUUGUAUUAAGAACAAUAAUCAGUGAGAUGAUGCAAAAGAUGGACGUAUCACUUUCCUCAUCGACCCAGAGCAGCAAAGAUUUUGCUGGGAAGCAAAGUGUUGAGAUUCCAUCAUCGUUAAAAUGGAAGUCCUCUUCUCGUAGGAAUGGAAAUGCGAAUGGUGGAACAGCGUGUGACUGGGAGGACCACCAUACAUUUGUAUCUGCACUGGAAAGGGUUGAAGCUUGGAUCUUCUCCCGUGCAAUAGAGUCCAUAUGGUGGCAGACCUUGACUCCAUAUAUGCAGUCUACUACUAUAAAGGCUACCGUUAUCAUGGAUUCUAGCUUGAAUGAAAGUGGUGAAAAAGUAAUUCACGAAGAUGUUCAAGGGAACAUUUCACUGGACCACUGGAAGAAGGCAUUUAGGGAUGCUUGUGAAAGACUUUGUCCUGUUCGAGCUGUGGGACAUGAAUGUGGCUGCUUGCCUAUGCUUGCGAGGCUGAUUAUGGAGCAAUGUGUGGGAAGAUUAGAUGUGGCCAUGUUCAAUGCUAUUCUUCGUGAUUCUGCAAAUGAGAUCCCAAGUGAUCCAAUAUCUGACCCCAUCGGUGAUCCCAAGGUUCUACCUAUACCAGCAGGGAUAUCAAGCUUUGGCAUUGGUGCCCAACUAAAGAAAACGAUUGGGAACUGGUCAAGAUGUCUUACUGAUUUAUUUGGUAGAGAUGGUACUGAUUUACCAGAAGAUGAGGGUGAAUAUGUUGAUGAGGGGAGAAAAGACAAUUCCUUUGAGUCCUUCCAUCACUUGAGUGCGUUGAGUGAUCUCAUGAUGCUGCCGAAGGACAUGCUUUUGAGUAGAUCUAUCAGGAAAGAGGUAUGUCCUAUGUUCACUGCUUCACUGAUCAAGAGGGUUCUCGACAAUUUUGUGCCAGAUGAGUUUUUCCCUGAGCCCAUUCCAGACGUUGUGCUUGAAGCCUUGGAAUCUGAGGUUCACAGUUUGGAUGCUGAAGAAUCCAUUGCAGACUAUCCAUACCUUGCAGCACCUGCGAUAUACACACCACCUUUGGCAUCUACUGUUGGUGGAAUUAUCGGGGAGGUUGUUACAGAUGCUCAGCUUGUACGAUGUGGGUCCUCUGUGAUGAGAAAAUCAUACGCUAGCGACGAUGAACUCGAUGAACUGAAUUCUCCCCUAGCUUCAAUCUCCAUGGAUGGUCCUCGGUCUUCACCUGUUUCGAUUAAGCCUAGUUGGACAUUGAAGCAAAAUGCCAAUCAAAAUACUGUCAGAUACGAUCUUCUUCGGGAGGUGUGGACGAACUGUGAAUAAGUGCGGCAUCACCAGAGCUUUGUACAUGCGUGAUUGACGCAUGAACAAACCACUGCAGUCUCUGCUUUUGUUCAUGCUGUAUAUAUCUUUUACAAUUUUGGUCACACGUUGUGAAAUACGUGAAAAGAUCGACCAGGCGGCUCCCUGAUCAUCUGGAGAACUUGCAAAAAGGUCGAUUAUGGGUGGUGCAUGGAACUUCUUAAAGAAUAAACAGCGUGUGUUCAAUAAAGUGGAACUCGUCAUUCUUAAUAA